CACAUUUAGCUUGUUUAAUACUAAAAUGGCGUCGCGUUAAUUUCCGGGUGAUGAAGAAACUCUGCAUUUUGUUCUUGUAAAUGCGCCGGACAUCACUUACUCCUAUGACUGCCUUAGAGGAGGAGCAUCGCAGGAUGUCCUUAAAACCUCUGGUAUCGUUAACUCCAGUCCAAGAAACCCAAGGCAAAGCACUCGGUAACAAUCAUGUGAAACCUGUAAAAUCAGCGACAAACAAACUUGAGCCUAAAACCAGGCGCACGAGCAGAGCGAUAACAACAAUGCGUCGAGAUUUCUAUAUAAAUCGUAAAUAUAAUUCUGGCGAUGGACCUGACACACUCGAUCCAGAUGAAAUACUUGAUGAUGAAGUGCUUCUCAGCCGACUACAGCGAAUGUUCAUUGCUGCCGAAGAAGACGAGAAAACAGGGCUCGACAUUGACGAGUUCAAGGAAGCAAUGCAAAAGACGGUUGGCCGGAACAAUACACAGGAAGAAAUAGAAAUACUUUUUAUGAAGGUUGACGCUAAUUGCGAUGGUGUGGUCGACUGGGAAGAAUUCGUGACGUAUAACCUGCUGGAAUACAAGGAGAAGACACUCAUGAUGGAAAUGCUCAGAGAGAAACCUUUUCCAAAUGAUACACGCGAAAUCGAUAGCCGACAUCGUGAUAUCAUUGUUAAAAUCCUUUUCUACCCUAAUGUGAGAAAAUCCGGGGCAGUAAGUUCGAAAAUUUGUUACAAGUCAGGAAAAUAUGUGACGCUAAGUAAGGAAGGCGUGAUUGGACUUUGGAGUUUAAGCAUGCGAAACUUGAAAUACUAUAACGCAAAUCAGUACCAGAAUAGAAAAACACAAUCUUGGUUUACGGAUAUGGUUGCCAUGCACAACGUGAACAUGUUGGCUUUGACAUCGACCGACCGUGACAUAACAAUUUUCGAUCUCACCGGAAAGAAAUUUACAAUGCGGUAUUAUCUUACCGGAUUCGAAAGCUGUAUUACUGCUAUGGAUUACUGGGUAAAUCCAAAUGAUAUGAAUUUCGCAAUAUUGAUCUUCGGUGAUACAGCAGGAAGUGUUUCAAGCAUGCGGUUUGAUUCUGUUCUUCGCGGGGGACCUUUUGGUGCCACAUCUGCAAAGAAAAACACAUGCAAAAGAGUAAGCUUCCCGGAAAUAAUGAAAGGCUUUGUUUUGGGUGUUAAAGCAUACAAGAUGUCAAAUAUUCACGAGGAUUGGGUCAACAAGGUCCUAUAUCUUCCUGAAAUCGACUCUUUUCUAUCAUCAUGCCAAUGUCCCCAAACUGCUUUAUUUUUUGGUGACUUUGCUGGAAAGAAAAAACGAAUGUACUUUAAAGUAAAUAAGGGUGUACUGAGCUUUGAUUAUUCGCAUUCACUAAACAUCAUUGUAACAGGUGGCAUGGACUAUAUGCUACGAGUUUGGAAUCCAUAUGUCAACAAUAAAUGCAUUGUUCUCCUGAAAGGUCACACAAAACCUGUGAAUCACGUGGUUAUUAACGGAACAAGACACCAAGUGAUCAGCAUCGACAAAGGGCGAUCAAUACGAGUUUUCGACCUCAGAGAUCAGGCAUGUUUACAGCAUAUCAGCGGUCGGAUGAUUAAGUGCGAACCCUUCCCUAUAACAGCAGUCUUUUAUAACGCCGCAACGCGGACCUUGCUGAUAGCAGCCAAUCAGAUUGUAAUGUUAGAAAAGCGCGAGGAAGAAGAAGGUUUUUCAGAGACAGUAUCUCACAACAAACCAAUCGUUGCUGCAAUGUAUAGCAAAGUUUUUGGGUCCGUCGUGAGCGCAUGUCAAGAGUCAGUCGUAAGCAUAUGGGAUACAAAUUCUGGAGUUAAAAUGAUGCAGUUCGUAAACGCGCAUAGCAGAAUUGAACGAGGUGUAAUGGUCCCAGUCGAAAUAACGGCUCUCUGUUUUGAUCAAAAUGGCCGACGAUUGGUUACAGGUGCGCGCAAUGGAACUGUCCACGUAUGGAAUUUCAACAAUGGUUCCCUUAUGCAAAAUUUUUCACUUCCAGACAGUUCUGACGUCACAGGAUUAGUAUGUACACAACACAGUAUAUACGUUUCGGGUUGGGGAAAAAUGGUGUAUAUAUAUGUCGAUGGCAGUGGAGAAGAGCAUAGAAAAAACUGGAAAAUGCAACACAAAGAAGAUAUUUUGUCAAUCGCAGAUAUGCCACCAAAUAUGAUGGUAACCGGGUCAUAUGACGGCGAAAUUGUCAUUUGGUCACGUGAGACCGGUCAGGUGAAUUGUCGUCUGAAUGCCUGUAUCAGUGUAAAACCAAUUACAGAGGGAGGGCAAGCCCGUAGACAUGGAUCUGUGAAAGAACAAAAUGUCAUUCCAACAACUCAGAGCGGUACAUUCGACCAUGUUGAAAGCACACAUAAAUGGUUAAAAGGAAAAGCAAAACUAAGUCGAGCUGGACUUCUGUUUUCUAAAAAAAGCGGAGAAUUUGCAAAACAAGACUCGUCCGACGAAGAAGAUGAAUGCAAACACCCGUUACUGCCAGCACUUCAUCCAGAUUCAUUUAACUGCGAAGGUGACUCACAAUUUUCCAGAAAUGAAUACGACGGUGUUUGUAAAAGUUAUGAGUCCGCGGUUGAGAAGAUUAUAUUUCUUGACACACGUGAACCCUCUCACAAAGAAACGGCAAAUAUUGUAACAAGUGGUGCUGAAGGCUGGAUUAGAUUCUGGUCAAUACAUCACGAAGGUGGGCUACUCGGCCAGUUUAAUGCUGCUCAUAGGCUGGGUGAAAGCGUAUUUACUAUCAAAUCCGACACCGAAGACAAUUAUUUGUUUACUGGCGACACUGAGGGGUAUGUCAAAAUAUGGGAUAUAAGAGAUUACUGCAAAAGCAAGAAAAUGAACUCUGCUGAACGUAAAGCACACUAUGAGUUUUUGAGGCGUAAGUUCACGUUUUUUCGUGCCGAAUGUCAUCAAGAAAGUAAGCAGUUGUAUACUGUGCCAUCGUACUUGAAGAAUGUAUUUGCAAGUCGACCACCUCCAGAAUCCAGCAACCCAAAACGUACUCUGAAGUAUCCUAUGCUAGUAAACUCGUUCAGGGCACACAUGCGAAGUAUCAACAGUGUGGAUUACGUAACAGACCGUGAGCUUCUCAUAACCGGAAGUGCAGAUUGUAGCAUUCGAAUAUGGACAGUAAAUGGACAGUUCAUAGGUACGUUUGGUGGUGAAAAAUGGCCGACACUACCGAAUAUUGUCACAAAUGAGUACUUCCUGUCUCAAAUUCCGAAGGAUAUUCGGCGAGCAGGCUCUGCCCGGACAUUGAAAGUUAUGCACGGUGGAAAGUUACCCAUGUGGCAGUCAGCAAUCAGUAUCCUGAAGCAUCGUGGAGUUGAGCGUCUUAAGAAACAGUUUGGUCAUUUACAGGAAGUUGCCAGCCAAGUGCUAGAUAAACGUGAGAGCAAUGAAGUGUCUAGCAACAUUCUAGGAAAGUCAUACAAGAAACAAAUGAAUCACAGAAUGCCCCCGACACUGCCAAAAUUCAUUGAAACGCCUGGAAAGGUGGCAGUCUAUCACACACUGCCGUUCGUCGAGCUAACACCUAUAGAUCCGUUCACUGACACGAUUAAAGAGAUUCAGACCCGCCGUGCCGGUAACUUGGCUAUGAAUAAACUUCGAGGUCUGAAUCCUAGGAAGCCGGAUACACCGGCUAUACUGCAGGUGUUUAACCAACUAGUGAAAAAGCAAGGUUCACCAGUACAAAAAUACAAACUAGGGAACAGAUUAAAAAAAGUUGCUGAUAGAUACCAAAGUCCAAUAUCUGCUCGUGGUAGACGACGCAAAGACUCCAGAUCAGCCAGUAAAGCGUCUUCAAGCAAAUCGCAACCGGAAACGAAGGUUGUAGAAUCGCGUGACGGUUCACGCGCAGAAACGAAGGUUGUAGAAUCGCGUGACGGUUCACGCACAGAUCUCUCGGAAAGUUUAGAAGAGGACGAGAAUGCAUGUGAUAAACUUGGGUCAUCAACCCUUUCAUGUGGUAGCCCGGGAAAUGGUUCGCGUGCUGAUGUUAAAUUACCAUCAAUUGUGGAAUGACUUGUUCAGAAUAAAACAAUGAAAAAAGAAAAAAUGAAUAUUCAACAAAUAUAUUAGUGAUUGAUUAAAAAAGAUAAUAACCAAUAUGUUUUGUAAAAAAAUCAAUUUACGUUCAGAUUGCAUUUAAAACAUUUUGUAAAAUUUUAUACAAGUUUAAUGUAAAUGAUACGUAUUCUGGUUGUGCAUUUCAUUUAUACAAAUGUAUUCUAAAUUGAAUCAUGUAUUCUUUAAACAUUUAUUCUCUGCGUUAUCAAAGUUUGUUUCGCUUGAACAUUUUCAAAUUGUUCAUAAAUUUUGAUAAAUAAAUAUAGUUCAUGUAUAUAAUA